GGCGUAAGAGGACUUUCAUAUUACUCUUCACUCAUGGUCAUAGACCAUGAGUGUAAACACAUUGUGGAUAUAAAUAUAAAUAAAGUGAUAACAAAUAUAAUUUUUGACAUAUAUUGUGAUAGUAAAUAUUUAAUUUAUAUUUACUUUUUUUUCAACGAAAAUUAUACAUUCGAAUAUAAAUUAAAGAUUAGAUUAUUUUAUAUGCAUAUAAAUUAGAUUUUUUUGUGUUUGUGUGUAUAUGGAAAAAUAAAUACAAAUGACUUUGAUUUCCAUUUGACUAAGAAUUGUGACGUAGAAAUAUUUUUAUUAUACAUUAAGUUUCAGCGACAAUAUAUUAUAUAGGCAUUGAAAAUGGAUAUGUUAAUGGUACCAAUUUUGGCUCUCUCUGAAAAUUCAAAAAUAUUAAUUUCAACAUUAUUAAAUCCUAUAAAAGUACUGCCUACUAAUAAAGGAUUACCAAGAGAUUGGAGAGGUUUGGUUCAUGUAUUUGAAUUGCCCGGCGAGAUAAUACCUUUACUUUAUAAUCAUAAAAAUCCGUUCGAAGGUAUUUUAGAGAAAAUUGACAAUAAAGCAACCUUAAAGGAUCUCCAAAAUGCCUUUAAAACAAUCGAGAGAUGGGACGUGUUCGAUGACACAGAACCACUUAUUGAAAAAGAUGUCCAAGAUUAUGCUGAAAAUCUUAAACGAUCUCAAAAGACUGCCGAAGCUAUUUGGGACAAUAACGAUUCAGAAAUACUCACAAUUGGAGAUCAAUAUAGAUCGAGGCAAGGUUUAGAGAAACAACAUUACGAUGCAUUUAUUUUAUAUGCAGAUGAGGAUUACGAUUUUGCUUUGCGAACGAUAGAAGAACUUGAAAAAGAAGAUUUGAAGGUUUGCACAAAAGAUAGAGAUCUUAUUGCUGGAAUAUCAAUUGAAAACGAAGUUAUCAUGACAUUGAUUUCAAAACGUUGCAAUCGACUGAUUGUGAUAAUAUCUCCAAAUUUUUUUAAGAGCCCAGCAAACACAUUCUUCUUAGAAUUUGCAUAUGCUGUGGGAAUAAAACAAAGGGUGAAAAAGCUUAUAGCUUGUAUCUACAUUGAUUGUGAACUUCCAGAGUCAUUAAAUUAUAUAACGAAUUUGCGCUACAGUCGUAGAGAGUUAAUCAACUAUUGGGAAAAACUUUGUGAUUCCGUAAGAAGUUCGCCACAAAUAAAGGAAAGUCAAUCUACAAAAAAAGAAAUCAAGAAGAAAAAAAAUGAAAAUUGUGUGGCUUUACAUGACAAUAUUACUAAGGAAGAGGAGACAAAAAUUCAUUUGCCAAAGUCAAAUUCAUCAAAGUCUUUAAGUAAAUAUCUAUUCGGAACAGGAAAAACAGAUAAGAAAGCAAAUAAUCAAAUAAUAUCAAAAAAUAUUAGUGAUGAACAAAAUAAUGAUUCUGGUCUUAGUUUACCUUCUGUCCCAUCAGAUUCUAUAAGUCUUAGUUCAAAUUCUUCAAAUAUACCCUUAUCUCCAGAUGCAAAAAAGCUUCUGCCAAUAAAAAAAGAUAAGAAAAAAAAAGAUUCACCUCUAAAAGAAUUUUUUAGAAGAAAAAAAUAAUUUGAAUAAAUAAAUUAAAAUUUUAACGUGCCUCAAUGCAGAAAUUUCUCUGCUCAAUGUGUGAUAAUUUACCGACAGUAGUUAAAAAAUAAAUUUUAUUGCUUGCCACUAGAACAAAUCCCUAUGUUAUCGAUUAAUUUUGAAAAAUAAUUUUUCUUCAAUUUUUUAUCGAUAAAAACAAUUUUUUAAAAUUAUUAUUAGACACAAGAUCAAUAGAAAUAAAAAUUAUUAUCAUUUUUCAAAAAAAUUUUAAUGUUUUUUAAAAAUUUUUUUUUACGAAAACUAAUAAAUGCUUCCUGAUUGAAAAUAUAUUAAUGCCAAACAUAAAUUACAAAUAUUAUAUAAUAAUAUCAUAAUUAUGAAUUAAGAAUUACACAAUUAAGUUAACAAAAUAAUGUACAUAAAAUGUGUAAAUAUUUUUAAUGUAACAUUUUCUUAUAUGAAAA